AUGUACACUCCUCUAAAGGCCUCGCGCCGGGAAGUUCGUCUCAUUUCGAUCCAUUCAGACUUGCACAAGCAUGACGGCAGCAAUACGCCUCGAGACAGCGUUCCUGAUGGAACCCUUACGUGCACCAUGAAAACGGUAUCUCUAAAAGAUUGGACCCCUGAAUAUACCGACUUUCGAGCCGAGUCAAUUUACUGGCCCUACUCGCCAACUACUCUCUAUGAGAAGUGGGAACAUUUCUCGCGCGAAAAGGCUGAACGUACAGAUGACGACACGCCCACUCCCGAUAGAUUCGUGUGGGGAGACUACGAGACCAUCAGCUACACAUGGGAGAACGGAUCGAAUACACAGCACAUUAUCUACGUCAACAACAAGCCAUUCGUCGUUCAAGAUAAUCUCUAUUUCGCACUGCAAGAGUUUCGGAGAAGCAAAGCAUUUGUGGAAGGCCGGAAGCGGAUGCUUUGGGCGGAUGCGAUCUGUAUCAAUCAGGAUGACCUCGACGAGCGAGCUGCCGAGGUCAAAAGAAUGAAUGAGAUUUUCAGCACUGCAAUCAAGUCGAUGGUCUGGCUCGGUCUUUCCAUUGACCUCAAAGGCGCAGAUACACAAGUCUACUUUGACCUCAUCGAGCGUCUCAUGGACAAUGUCGGUCAGUUGUCGCUCUCGGGUGACUCUUCGACAGACAGUUUACAAUCAACAUCAACUGAGCUUGCCUCGUCUGAAAUAGAAUCUCUGGACAAGCAUGAUCUGAAAACCCAGGAAAGCCUGGCAGUAUCAAAGGAAGCAAUUGCCAUGAUUUCUCUGUUCGAUCCUGCAGAGCGCCCUACCACCUUCGCCGGGCUCACGAAGACGGCCGCCAAGAAACGCCUCAUGGCUCUGCUGUCUCCCAUAUUUCUCCUCGGUUACUGGAGUCGGGUUUGGAUUAUUCAGGAGCUCACUAUCAGCUCUAGCCAGACAGUCUUGGUUAACUGA